AUGGAGAUUUGGGUGUAUAAAUACAGGGCCGAGGCAGAGGAGAAGGCAGCUCAGAUUCGACUGGCUCUUCAAACCGAGCAGGAACGCUCUCGCUCUACAGCUAUGGCUCCCACUGUUUUUGGACAAGCAAGCUAUCCUAAGGAACACCUGACUCCUGCUCAUAAGCUGAGAAAGCCAAUGGUGGAGAAACUGCGCAGAGACCGCAUCAACACCAGCAUCGAGCAGCUGAAAUCCCUGCUGGGUCCUGAGUUCCUCAGGCAGCAGCCUGACUCUAAGCAAGAGAAGGCAGACAUCUUGGAGAUGGCUGUGGCCUAUCUGAGAGGCUGGCAGCAGCAGAAGCAUCAGCAGAAAGCCGGUGUGACCUCUGGGCUGAUGACGGGCCGAGAAGGCUACUCCCACUGCGUGCAGGAGGCUGUCAGCUUCCUGUCCCACUGUGAGGUCCAGACUCAGGCCCACCGCCGGCUGCUCAGCCACUUCCAGGGCCUGCAGGUGUCCAGCCACGGUCCCUGCACCAUCUCCCCUCCCGGCUCUCCGCUCCAUCAGAUCAGCUCCAGUAAGGGCGUGAGCCAGGCCGGCAGUGCUCUGUGGAGGCCCUGGUAGGAUGGAGGCACUCGGAGAGAAAGAGAACUACGUCUGUGAACGUCAUGGACAGAAAGUUGUGACUUAUUGAAGUCUGUUUCCUUCUGCUUUGGCAGGAGAUUCUAUAUAAUUGAGUGUGUUAUUGUGUGGCGAGCUGGGCACAAUGUGCCAGUAUUCCUUUGGAAGGACUCAAAAGCUUCAGGUUUUACUGAACAUGUACACUGUGUGUAGACACAUUAUACACUUUAUAUUUAAAGUGUUUACUCUGUGAUUGUGUCAAUUACUCCUUUUGGGGAAAAAUACUUGUGUUUGUUUUGCAAACAUCACUGAUCUUGUUGUAAAACCCACAUUGGGUUAAAACUAUUUAAGUGUCUGUGACACUGUUUGAUUUGUGUUUAAACUCAAGUUUAGAUACUGAGUUUCACUGACUGAUACAUUUCACCAGCUUGGUGUUGAUGAUUCAACAAUAUCCCAUAAGUGGAUCCUAUGGAUCCUUCUUUUACUGUAAAUCUCUUUAUGAUUAUACUUUAUGAUGACUAUAUGUAACCAUUAUUUGGCAUAUGUGUGAAGGAGCACUGUGACUGUAAACUGUUCAUAAUAGAUGUUUUUUCAUCUUUAGUGAAUACCUUUUAUAAAGGCAUUUUAUGUUGACAUCACUCUUUGUUAAAAGAAUCUGUUGAAUUGCUUCCUUGAGAAGUUUGCAUUUGAACUUGAAAAAUAAAUGGAAAACUUCACAUGAAGUUUUGCAGACAUGAACAA